CCCCGGGGUGACAUCACGCGCUUUCGCCCCGCACGGCCAGAUGUUCUGGGGCUCCUCGACUAUUACCUCCUGGAUGCAGCAUCUCUCCUGCCCGUCCUGGCGCUCGACGUGCAGCCGGAUGACAUUGUCCUCGACCUCUGCGCGGCUCCAGGUGGCAAGACUCUGGCUCUGCUGCAGACUGGGGUUUGUGGGUACCUGGCAGCCAAUGACGUCUCCGUGUCCCGGACAAAGAGGCUGCACCAGGUUCUGCACAGCUAUGUUCCCAAAGAAAUCAGGGAAACCGUGAGUGUCACGUCCUACGAUGGGAGGGACUGGGGACAGCUGGAAGGUGGCACUUUCCAUAAGGUGCUGGUGGAUGUGCCCUGCACAGCAGACAGGCACUCUGUCAUGGAGGAGGACAACAACAUCUUUCACAAGAGGCGAACCAAGGAGCGUCAGAUGCUGCCCAUGCUGCAGCUGCAGCUGCUGAUGGCUGGGAUCCUCGCUACCAAGCCGGGAGGAGAGGUGGUGUAUUCUACGUGCUCCCUCUCGCCGCUGCAGAACGAGUUUGUGAUCGAGAGAGCAGUAGAAAUUGCAGAAACGCAGUUUAACAUCAGUAUCCACGUUGAGGACUUGAGCCACUUCCGGACACUCUUUGAGGACACGUUUUCCUUCUUCUCGGAUUGCCGGCUGGGGGAGCUUGUUCUGCCUCACCUCACAGCCAACUUUGGACCUAUGUACUUCUGCAAAUUAUGUCGGAGGUAGAAGGGGUGACAGACUGUCUGGUGGCUGUCAGGAAAUACCUCAAAUUCCCCAGGAAAGCAAAACUGUUCUGUAUUUAUUUUUCUUUUUAAAGUGUCCCAAAGGAAGUCUGCUUUUUUUUUUUGCUGCAGACAUAGAGAAUAAAUGAGAAGGACUUGC